ACACAGUGAGACAGGACUCUACAUUCCCCCAGAAAACAGUCUCUCUCCAUCUCCAUCUCCAUCAUUUCUCCUUUUCCCUGAAAAGUUUGUUGGUUGUUUCCUCUCUGCCCCGUCCCUCUGGGAUUGUUUGGUGUUCUGGUAUCCUGAGCCAUGGAGCUGUCGGAUAUCUCUUUCCCCAUCCCCGCCGCGGAUGACUUCUACGACGACCCGUGCUUCAACACGAGCGACAUGCGCUUCUUCGAGGACCUGGACCCGCGGCUGGUCCACGCGGGGCUCCUGAAGCCGGACGACUCCUCCUCCCCCUGCUGCUCCCCGUCGCCCUCCCCUUCCUCCUCCCCCACCUCCUCCGCCUCCUCCCCGGAGGAGCACGUCCGCGCGCCCAGCGGCCACCACCAGGCGGGCCGCUGCCUGCUCUGGGCCUGCAAGGCCUGCAAGCGGAAGACCACCAACGCGGACCGGCGGAAGGCGGCCACGAUGCGCGAGCGCCGCCGGCUCGGCAAGGUCAACGACGCCUUCGAGACGCUGAAGCGCUGCACGUCGGCGAACCCGAACCAGCGGCUGCCCAAGGUGGAGAUCCUGCGCAACGCCAUCAGCUACAUCGAGUCGCUGCAGGCGCUGCUGCGCGGCGGACAAGACGACGGCUUCUACCCGCCGCUGGAGCACUACAGCGGGGACUCGGACGCCUCCAGCCCGCGCUCCAACUGCUCCGACGGCAUGACGGAUUUCUCCGGCCCGACCUGCCACUCAAACAGAAGAGGAAGUUACGAUAGCUCUUAUUUCUCAGAAACUCCAAACGGCGGUCUGAAGAGUAACCGCAGCUCGGUGGUCUCCAGUCUGGACUGUCUGUCCAGCAUCGUGGAGCGGAUCUCCACCGACGCCAGCAGCCUGCUGCCGGCCGCAGACGGCCCCGGGACUUCGCCGUCCGACCCAGCCGGCGAGGCGGCAGUGGCAGCAGCGGCCCCGGGGCCCGUCCGGGUCCCCUCCCCGACCGCCAGCCACAACCCCAACCUCAUCUACCAAGUCCUAUAGACCCUCACAGCCUAACCGUCCACUCACACCACCGGGAAAA